GUCAAGACUUAAAUGGGCGAGUAUCAGGUUGGUGUCAUCGAAUACUUCCCUCACGGCGUUUCGAUACCCUCCUGGCUUUGCAGGUGCCCAAAGAAAUUGCUAUCGUUCCUAUCUUACCCCUGUCCAUCUCAGACAGCUCAAAUGAAUCGAAAGCUUAUUUUAAUUGGCGUUGCUGUUGUAGUUGUGCUUGUGAUCGUCAUAGCGGUACCUUGCGCCUUGUUGCUAGGAAAGGAAGACGACGAACCUACUGCAACUGAAAAGCCAAAGACAGUUAUGCAACGCGCCCAACAGAUAUUGGACGAAACACCACUUGUUGACGGGUAAGAGAUCGUAUUUGAGUUUAGAUUUAUCAUGAGUAAGUUACAGAAGAUACUAAAGGGGCCUUUUUGUCGCAUAUUUGUUUCCAUAUUUACAUUUAUUCAUGAGAUUUUGCACAUCGUAAUGCAUUAAUAGUCUCUUUCGCAGCCGUUUUCAGGCUCGUCACGCAACGCUCCUCCCCAGUUUUUUGGGAAGAGCGUUGCGUGACUAGCCUAGGAGACCAUAGCGGCAAACCUGUUCCUAAUUUACGCGAAAUUAUGCACGUUGGCUCCACUGGCCAAAAACGACGCGAUUGCUUUGCAUUUAUACACGCCGUAAAAGGCCAAUGCAUACAAUAUGUCGGUCAAUAGCAUUCUUGCUCGUUGUGUAGCUCUUUGAAUAAGGAAGAUUUUCACACAUAUUCCAUACAAUAGGUGAGAUAAAUACAGGAAACGCAAGGUUCCAUGCACAGUUUCAGGUCGAUAUACACAGCUUUGAUCAAAACAUUCUCAGUUUCCAGAAUAGUUUAUUCUAAACCAUAAGAAAAUAUUUAAUUAGAAGCUGAAUUUUUCGCUAUUUCUCUUUCACUUUUUACAUUCAGUUCAUUUUAUUUGCCGGAAACGAAGCCUUAGAAACUAAAAGAACGUUUCAUCAAUUCACACUCGCGCAUUCUAGUCUCAUUUGAAACUCUAUGGCGGAAGGACAUCUGUGAGCAGGGAAUAAGUCAGCACAGAAUUUGAUUGUCGGUGAAUUUCUGUAAUCGUGCAUCGUUCUGCUAGUGAGAAGCUAGCCGUUGUUCACUCGUCUUGCUUGCUUGGGGCUGAGUCUUAUUCCGGUCAAAGAGAGAGAAAGAGUGUCUGGCAAACUCUCCAAGUGUUUAUAUAUACACAGUUAUAGGCACCUUAUAACUUCUUCUGCGCUUAACGAGUGUCUUUAAAAUUUUGGUCCAUUUUCACUGAAACAACUGCUCCACAGAAUGUCACUGAUCACACGUAACGCAAAAGAGUGUCGAAGUAUGACUGCACAAUAAAUGUCACAAAAUCUACCCAAGCGGUCCCUUGGGGAUGCUCUGUCUUCACGUCAUCCUAACCAUUUCGUACUUGCGGGCGCAAACAAUAGAAACGUCAUCAUUACCUACCGAUUCCUCGCGGCCCCUGUUCAAGCAAAUCGAGAUUUUUUACCGGGGCCCAGCCGUAGGCUGGCACCGGUCUUAAAAUGCAGACGGUCCGUUUUGUCAACGAUUGUUAGGGAUAUAUCGCUGACUGAGAUAUAUCGCUGGCUCAUUGAAAUCUUAGCUGCCAUUUUGAAAAGCACGAGGCAUGGAGGACAGUCAAGAGAAAGAUUAUAGCUUUUUGGAGAACGACACGUUCCCCAACCUUUACCAUGCACUAUUUUAUGAGCGAAAAUUUAAGAGUGAAUAUUUGGAGAGACAAAUUUACGAGCGAUCACUUAAGAGUGAACCUUCCAUCGUGAAACUUAUCGAGAAUAAAAGCGAUUUAUCAAAGCUAUCUACAUUGAGUGAACCUUCCAUCGUGAACUUUAUGGAGAAUCAAAGCGAACACUUAUCAAAGCUAACUUUAUAUCAUCUUAAAAAACGUGCUACAAGGCGACCUAGACGUGCUCGUGAACCGAGCAGAAUUCCACUGCUAUUUCUAAGAGGUCUCAACAAGAAGAAUAGCAUGUUGAAGAAAUUUGUCUUGAAAAAGAUUUCAACGAUUUAUAUACCGAGGUCUUCAAAGCGAUCUUCAAAUGCGAUCCAAAGAUAAUUAACUUAAAUAAAAUGGCUAUACCCAAGAAAGCUUAUUUGUUGUCUUUCUUUAGCAGACAUUAUCACAGGAUAAUGAAAAAAUGUAAAGCACGUCGAUAUUUAUCAUUGUUUUCUUGCAAUUGUGUGAGUCAUAUGACCAAUUAUGUGAAUUUCAAACUAAGUAAAGAUGUUGAGAAGAAUGCCAGGACCUACUCAAUACAACACUGAUCAUCAUGAAGCAAUAAUUAGACCUUCUAUGCAAAAUCACAGCUCAACAAUGCAGUUGAUCUCUCCUAUUUCCUCUGAGAAUUUGAUGCAGUCAAGCAGAGUCAAGAUUAGGUGAACUUGGUUUACAAUCAGCGAGGAAGGUCUUUGCUUCAGUACGUCCUCUCUUAAAGUGCGUUGAUAAAGCUCUCCAUGGAUUAACAAGCGAUUUCCACGUACUUGUCUUGAAAUAAAUACAUAUUCUAGGUGUGAGAUUUCUCUUCGUUGCUUGUUGGUGAUCGCGGUGCUCAUAUUGUCAGUUGAAUAAUUCAUCGAUGCAGCGCAUCAACCGUACGGUGACCGCACAUGCCUUUACUUCAACAAGCUCGGCUAAUGUAGUCGAAAAUACCAAGGCCGUUAAAGUGCAAAGUGACGUCUAUCGGAGAUAAAAUUCAAAGGAGGGGAAUAGCUCCAACAAACAAUAAAAAAUAACAAAGACAUCUCUAGAAUUUUUGGUAACACAACACCAGCUAAGCAUCAUUGUCAAACAUAAACAGAAAAAAAGCUUUAUUAAGAAAUGGCAAAAUACAUAUACAAAAACACCCAUUUCUUCACUACAGUGGAUCCUAAAAGAAUUAUCUAAAUGUCUUAAAAGGUUUUAUACGCCGGUCGAGGUCCUACGGCGUGCUAUUCCAUGACAUUUGCUGACCUGCAUAUUUGAAGUUCGCCACGAGCGGUUGGGGUGUCUAGAAAACGACGACCUAGAAAACGACGACCUAGAAAACAACGACCUAGAAAACGACGACCUAGAAAACGACGACCUAGAAAACGACGACCUAGAAAACGACGACCUAGAAAACGACGACCUAGAAAACGACGACCUAGAAAACGACGACCUAGAAAACGAUGACCUAAAAAAAACCGCGGGGAGGGGGGGGGGGCUUAAUAGAAGUGUGCGAAAUGCCCCAUCCCCGAACAAAUUCAUAGCAAAUCUCAAUGUAAUCUUAUCAAAAGUGCCAAACACCCACGCAAAUCGCUCAUAGCCGCUAGUUACCCGGGGCUUGUUAUAAGUAAUGCUAAGGUCAAUAGGUCUAACAUGCACGUGCAGCACACUUUUUUGCACAUCGUAGUACGUGCAGACGAUUCUCUCAGAACCAAAAUUUCUUGGAUGCAUUUUGGGCGCUUUCCAUUCACCCAAAACUUAAGAAAGUUUGGAUACAGCGGCAAUUGGUACUGUAUUUUCCUGGAAAAGUUCCCAGACUUCCGGAAAAGUUUCCGAAAUGGGAACCUUUCAGCCAGAAAUUUUAGACAUUCGGGAGCAAAUUUGAAUGCGGAAAGAAAACCUCCCGAUGAUAAUUUUCGAAAAUUUGGGUAUAUAUUGCGAAAGUGCUGUUCCAUUCCGUACAGCAAGGAAGUUGCCAAAAAUUUUUAAAUUAAAAACCAGACGUUUUGAUUGAAUGGAAUGGCGCCCAUGCAAAGGUAACCAAAUUUGUUACCAAUUGUGCUCCCUUUACGCGAGCGCGUGAGAGCUCCACUAAAAAAGUUUCCCUAGUCAAAUUUUCCUUUAGUAUGAUCAAUGAAGUCAUGAUUCAACCUGACUGACUACUGGAAGCAAAAGCUUUGCUUUGACCUAUUUAUUAUCCUGAUAUCAAUUUAAACAAAUUUCCAUCAAAUCUUAGUGACCUAAAUAAUAUACACUGCUUCACUGGCGCGUCGUUUAUAGCGGGAAGUUCAAGCCCACAUAAAUCAAACAGGAAAUAAAUCAGGCGUGCCGUUUUUGUGUUCACAGCUCAACACCGUAAACAAACAGUUUAUAUUUUGAAAAUAAAGAAAGAAGGGCUUCAACAUUUUCUCGUACCUUUCCAUACAUGAAUCGGCAGCAUACCGGUAACGAGAAUUGUGAAAUAUUAUGUGGGACACAAUGAAGGUUGACAUGUCAUCAGAUCUGAACUGUAGUUGAACUGUAAGAUUUGAAUCGUAUCAUCCUAGGAGUUUCUGUUUCCUCACAGGUCCGAUAGCGUGGUAUAUAUGCAGUGAGAUCUCCGGCAGAACUUUUGAAUUGUUCAGAAAUAAACUAUUACAUCAUGAGAAAUAGAGACAACGCCGCAGAGCAAAAUUAAAAAUUUCACUUCGGUUCAUUUUUAAUUCUUCCAUCACUUUCACGCAAUGCACAAUGCAAUGUCCAAGACAAAACAAUAGCUCCUGCGACGACACUAGGCACUCUGUAACUGCUGCUUAAAAAUGCGAGAGACGGUUUUAUAAACCGCGUUAUGAAAAUAACGCAAGAACAAUAGAUGUAGGUAUCUCGCGGGGUACAUGUAAGGAAGGUUUACGUUAAUCAAUAAAUCAAUCGAGCAUCUCGGCCUAAACGUGAAAAUUUCCCAAAUUUGACUUUUAGAAAUACUUCUUUCCCCAAACCUCUUUUUAUUAACACACUCCGGGAUCGCUCAUGAACCAAGAGAGGUUAUCCUCUCUUGGUAAACACUUCAUUGUCCACCACCCCAGCCAGCUCUAGGGAAGGUGUUUCGUUGGGAACUGGUUACCUCCAAUGACCACCAAGUUUAAUGUCGAGCUUACAUCGUAUAUGUUUCACAAUCCAUUCGUAAAGCUACUCCAAGCGUCCGUUACUUCCUACGUUCUGAUACAACCUAGCACGUGCUAAAAUAACCAAACCUAAUAAGCAUACUAUUAGCGUCACUAGGCGUGUGACGCAUGCGGUCACGCCAUCGGCACCAAGCUUUAAUAAUUUUUCGAUCUAAAAGAAAUACAUUUAUAAUUCGCAAUCAGAACAAACACAAAUCGUCUUAAUCUCGUAGCUAAAUUCAGAAAACUUCAAUGUUAACUUACUUCUGUGGCGGGUCGUUACAACAAUCGCACUUUACAGGUUAGUAAAUUCUUUUUAACAGAUUCUUCCUUUAAGCGGAUUAAUAGACAGACUGUAAAUUAUUUUCUUUCUCACUUCGAUUCUACUGAAAAACUGGUUUGAAACACAAUAAGCUAAUACAAUUCUUGUCAUCAAAUAAAUCUAUCCAAUAACAAACAGGCAACGCUUGUUUGAUAAACGAAACAGAGGGGAGACCUCGCGUACCUUUCAUUUCCAGUUCCACCGUUUUAUUCCUUGGCUUCAUACCCUUAGCCGGUACAAAUAAUAUUUACUAUUUUUCUGUAAUUUUCCUUCUUCGCCCACCUCUAGACUAGAUCACCCCUUCAUAAUUCCCUCCUAUCGUCCUCUUAUUUCCCGCCUUCUGUACCACUCUAACCCCUUAAUCCUUCGAGCUACCCCAUCCCUGUCGUCGUUUUCUAGGUCGUCGUUUUCCAGGUCGUCGUUUUCUAGGUCAUCGUUUUCUAGGUCGUCGUUUUCUAGGUCGUCGUUUUCUAGGUCGUCGUUUUCUAGGUCGUCGUUUUCUAGGUCGUCGUUUUCUAGGUCGUCGUUUUCUAGGUCGUCGUUUUCUAGGUCGUCGUUUUCUAGGUCGUCGCUUUCUAGGUCGUCGUUUUCUAGGUCGUCGUUUUCUAGGUCGUCGCUUUCUAGGUCGUCGUUUUCUAGGUCGUCGUUUUCUAGGUCGUCGCUUUCUAGGUCGUCGUUUUCUAGGUCGUUGUUUUCUAGUAGGUCGUCGUUUUCUAGGUCGUAGGUCUUCGUUUUCUAGGUCGUCGUUUUCUAGACACCCGAGCGGUUGCCACGUAGUUACUAAAACAUGGAACGACCUACAACCACCUAAAACCACCUACAACCACCUACAACCACCUACAACCACCUCAAACAAAUCUACAACCACCUCAAAAAAAUCUACAACCACUCGCAAACAACCUAAAACCAUCUAAAACAAGGUAUAAAUGUCUCAAAUAAGGCGAGACGACAACAUGUCACGUACAUGAAAUACGAGAAUCGAACAAAACAUCCACCUCCCCCCAAAAUCUUACUCUCCCUGGUCCCUUCUAUCAUCAACCUAUAUUAAUAGUCUCCGUGAACAGCUUUUGUUACUCACCUUCCGUAUUUUCUUUGGAAUUUGCUUUUCUUCGUUCUCUUCGUUUUCGUCUGAAUCACUGAGUAUCACUAUGGCUAAAAAAAACAGUCACAUUAGGUAUUAUAUAACGUCGUGGCUUUCAAUCGGGCUGGCGGAGAUAAGAACUAGACGGAUUUUAAGGGAAAAGGCGGAAUGCAAGCAGUCUAGAAAAAGUAUGAAUAAGAAUGGUCUGCAUUAGAAAUAUUUUAAAGGAACUGUACGUACCUUCGGGAUCUUCCUUUCGCAAGAACGCCAUCGUGCCUGCAUUCAUACAGUUGUACGAAUGGUGACACGUAUGCAAUGGUGACUCAUGAUCACGUUUUGCUCCUGCUGAGAUUCUAAAUGAAAUUUUCCAGACAUAUUCCAGAUUUCGCACCAUAUGUAAUCACUGGUACUGUGACAUUUGAAACAUGAUUUUAAAACAAUUAAAAAUCACAAACCAUCAGUUGUUGCUUAAAUUAUAAUCAAAUUGUCGAUGAGUUUCACAAGAGAGAGGAAACAAAAUCAAACUUAUAUUCCAGCCCUCCCAACAUAAGAGGACAGUGCGGUGGAAGUUUUGUGUUAAGCUUAAUGGUUGAUGAUACAAGGGAACAGGGGACCAGGGAGAGUAAGAUUUUGGGGGGAGGUGGAUGUUUUGUUCGAUUCUCGUAUUUCAUGUACGUGACAUGUUGUCGUCUCGCCUUAUUUGAGACAUUUAUACCUUGUUUUAGAUGGUUUUAGGUUGUUUGCGAGUGGUUGUAGAUUUUUUUGAGGUGGUUGUAGAUGGUUGUAGGUGGUUGUAGAUUUUUUUGAGGUGGUUGUAGGUGGUUGUAGGUGGUUUUAGGUGGUUGUAGGUCGUUCCAUGUUUUAGUAACUACGGCGGUCGCGACCGGAAGCCACCAUGAGAAACCAAUUUUACCUAAAAUAAUGAGACAAAAAAGCUUUAAUAACUAUAAACCAUUGAAUUCAAACAUUCAUCAUACCCUCAAGAGAUAAUAUUUGUGUUUUGAUCAGCGAAAAAAGAGCGAAUUCAAGAAAAAAAUGUUCCCUCUUCGCAAGACUUAGGGUAAACAAAUUGAAACCUUCGUCUUGCAUCUUAGCGGAGAAAGGGCAGAAAAUGCGAUAUUUCAAAACGAUCAAACCCAUAAAAAUCGCGAGGUCGAAAGAGGUCGGAGCGUGGAACUAGUAUCAAGCACCCCUUGUCCGCCGAUUAAAAUAAUUUUUUUGGGCAAAACCUCGCUAGAAUAAAGACAGUUUUCGAUAAUUGAAAGUCAUCUAAAUAAAUAUUCACUUGCGAGUUAAAACAGCAUGACUUAACAGGGUAGCAAACGAGAGCAAUAAUGCGUGAAAUGACCAUGGAAACAUUUUACAUUAUUAAUCAGAUACCAAAAAUUAACAGGACUCAUUGAAACUUACCUUGGAUGAGCUGCAUCUUGAAAUUCAGGUCGUUGAAAAUCUCCCUCGAAACCAUCGAACGCUCUGUCCACCGCUGGGAGAAGAAGGAAAUUUGCCGCGAAGCAUCAUGGGAUAUAUGAAAUUCCCCCCUUUAUAUUGACUGUACUAGUAAACAGUUGACACUACAGCUGCCCCCGCUCUGUAUAUUGUCGGUCAAUAGUAUUCUUGCUCGUUAAUUGUGUAGCUCUUUGAAAUAUACCGAUUCAUAAUGAAGAUUUUCACAGGAAACGCAAGGUUCCAUGUAUAGUUUCAGUUCGAUUUACACUCCGGCAGCUUUGAUCAAAACAUUCUCAGUUUCGAGAAUAGUUUAUUCUAAACCAUAAGAAAAGAUUUAAUUAGAAGUUGAUUUUUUCGCUAUUUCACUUCCACUUUUUACAUUCUGUUCAUUUUAUUUGCCGGAAAUUAAGCCUUAGAAAUUAAAAGGACGUUUGAUUUAUAGCGGAAGGACAUCUGUGAGUAGGGAAUAAGUCAGCACAUUCUGAAUUUGAUUGCCGGUGAAUUUCUGUAAUCGUGCAUCGUUCUUCGAGUGAUAAGCUAGCUGUUGCUCACUCGUCUUGCUUGUUUGCGGCUGAGUCUUAGUCCGGUCAAAGAGAGAGAAAGAGUGUCUGGCAAGGUUUUCAAUCAAAGAUUUGUGAACUCGUGUCUGACAAACUCUCCAAGUGUUUAUAUAUACACAGUACGAACCUUAAAACUUCAUCUGCGCGUAACGAGUGUCUUUUGGUCCAUAACUUUCAAACCAACUGCUCCACAGAAUGUCACUGAUAACACGUAACGAAGUAUGACUGCACAAUAAAUGUCACAAACUCUUCCUAAGCGGUCCCUUCGGGAUUUUCUGUCUUUACGUCAUCCUAACCAUUUCGUACUUGCGGGCGCAAACAAUAGAAACGUCAUCAUUACCUACCGAUUCCUCGCGGCCCCGUUCAAGCAAAUCGAGAUUUUUUCUACAUUGACUGCAUGACAGGAUAUUUCAGCUGUAAGUACUUUCCUCAAUAUAAGCGAGUUACUAUAGUGCCUCCUCGGGAUUUCGCCUUCUGGGCGAAAUCUCUGCGGGGGCAAUUAAGGUUAUUAAUAAUUUUUGUCAAGUGAGGAGAAUAAAUAAAAAAGGUACAAGAAACAAGAAACCACUCCAUGGGCGAUUCCGACGACGGGUCAAAACCCUUGCUUAUCAUCUACAGGUAGCCCAUGCUCGUAUAUAAUAGGCACCCAACGAUUGCUUUCUGUAAAAUUUCUGUCCGGAGAAGCAAAUGUUGCCUAAAAUUUUCUAUUACUUGAGGAAGGCUAAACAUUUCUAGGUGACUACUCCAUUCGUGUACAAUUUUCGAAGCUUUCGUAAAAAAUUUCCUACGAUUUUCUGAAGUUUAAUUUUUCACAUUUCACUCCCCAGGUCUGGCUUUUUUUCGUAGAAAAAGGAAACCUAAAAUUUUCGGAUUCAAAAAUGCGAUGAAGAGAGGAAUUAGAAAAAUUGUCACUUUCUUAAAACGUUAAAUUACAUCUAAAAUUUUCUGGAAAGUAAUACUGAAACCCUAAUAAUUUCGAAAAGUCUUCGGUUGCCCUAGGAUGACCGAACAGAUGCAAAUUUUCUAGCACCGCUGAGAAUGCAUUUCUAGAGAUCUAAAAGUACUCUGGAUAGCUUAAAAAGUGUUUUCAGGGUAUCUAGGAGGAAACCGUCGUUGGGUGCCCCUGAUACUAUUUAAGAUUAUUAUUAAUAAAUAUUUUUGUAAAGCUAGGUGGAUAAAAAAGAAGGUGAUAAAAAAAAAAACACUCCAUGGGCGAUUCUGACAACGGGUCAAAAUUAAAACCAUUGUUUGAGGACUGAUAGACAGUUCACAGUCGUCUGUUUUUCCGUAAGAUCGUCGAGAUCGAGCGCUUUGUAAAAAAAAUCAAGAUGGCCCCCAUUAACGGUAAGACGCGCUCUAUCUCGACGAUCUCCCAAAAAAAUUGGGGACUUUUAACAGUCUAGUUUGUAACGGAGGUCCAGAAUUUCUUUUAAUUGGACAUUCGGAGUAAGCUAGCAAAUCUGCACAGAAUUCCAGGACUAUUUCAGCUUAGCCUACGAACACAGCCGUUUCUCCUUGCUCCUCGCCGCUAAGGACGUUUCGCCAGGACGCUUCGGCAUAUUUCGAGCUUGCAUUGGGCUUCCAGUGAGAUAACUUUCACGCUCAUCUUAGCCUGUUGCAGGCGUUCACAUUGUGGAUAGCCGCACGCAGUGAGAGAGCGGGAAAGAAAUUAGGAGGGAGAGAGGAGGGAACUGUCUCUUCGCUCUCACCCCUUUGCCAAAAUGAAACUCCUCGCUCAGUUUUAUCAGCUUGCAUCUCUUUGCGCUGUCCGGCCACGAUCUGAAAGCUUGGAACAGACUAGGCCCAUCUCGUUAUGAUACUGAGAGACAAGCCAAUUUACCAUGAUUGCCCAUUUACCGAGUAGUAUAGAAUAAACAGCGACAGGUGCCCUUCAGCAGCUUUUACAAUACUGUUUGUUAGUCAUGCAAAUAAAGCUUGUUGAUAUUGCUAUUAAAUGCGCUGCUUGCUUGAAGGUUGAUGCUCUUUCCAGCAAAUACGGUAUGCGUCUUCCUCACACUACAUCUCAAAAUACAUUAAUCAAUUCUCUUUGUUCCUCAAGGCAUAACGACAUUCCAUGGCAACUGAGGAAGUACUACAUGAAUCGGCUUGAAAACGUGACCUUAGACAAGAAUAAUCCUAAAUUCCAUACUGAUAUUCCAAGGCUAAAACAGGGUGGUGUUGGAGCACAGGUAAGGGUAGAGAAACAAGACUUGAUCCCUCGGGAGAAAUUUUCGGCCCUUAAGGAACCAUGGAAACUUAUGAUAACAGACGGAAACGUUGUUUUUAUACUUUAAGCAAUCAACGCGAAGUUGCUGAGGCGGAGAAUUUGAAUAUUUUCAAGAACAGACUGAGACGUUAUCUUUAGAUUUUUCCCGCUCUUUUUACCCCAUGUUUUAUAUACAGAGUUGAAAAUAAUUUAUUUCUAAGUCCUAGUAGUUUGUGUUUAUUUUUUAUUAUUAUUAUUAAGACUGUAAAAUGAAUCAAAAACAAGGAUAAUCAAAUUUACUACUUUUCUCGAACCGAAUGUUAAUCUUCUUAGUGUUGAAAACGAAGAAAUAACAUUGUCAACAACAACAGAACUAGUCUGCUACACAGCCGUUGUCGUCACGCCACGCUCCUCCCCGGAGCGAAUUUCAACCUUUAAAAACAGUAAUGUCCUCGUGACAUGGUUAGUUAUUACUUGAUUCUAAGGUAUGAUCAACAGAUGAAAGUUAUAACAUUAAAUUCAGUUCUUGAGCUUGAAGUUGUUUAUGUUUACCUUUUGUUCAGUUCUGGUCGGCAUACGUGUCCUGCAGAAACCAGUUCAAGAACGCCGUUCGCUUGUUCGCCGAGCAGAUUGACGUUAUUCAUCGGAUGGUCGAUAAAUACCCAGAAGACUUCGUCCUAGUGACCGCGGCCAAGGGGAUAAAAGAUGCACACAAAAACAAAAAGAUUGCUUCUUUGAUUGGCGUAGAGGGGGGUCAUGCUAUGGACAGUAGCUUAGAUACCCUAAGGAUGCUGUAUGAUAUGGGAGGGCGGUACAUGACACUGACCCAUAGCUGUCACACACCUUGGUAAGUUAAUAUAAAUGAAUAAAUAAAUGAAUGAAGGAGUGAAUGAAUGAACGAAUGAAUGAAUGAAAUGAAUGAAUGAACGAAUGGAUGGAUGGAUGGAUAGAUGGAUGGAUGGAUGGAUGGAUGGAUGGGAUGGGACGGAUGGGAUGGAUGGGAUGAUGGGAUGGAUGGAUGGGAUGGAUGGGAUGAUGGGAUGAUGGGAUGGAUGGAUGAAUGGAUGAAUGGAUGAAUGGAUGAAUGAAUGAAUGAAUGAAUGAAUGAAUGAAUGAAUGAAUGAAUGAAUGAAUGAAUAGAGUAAUAUCGCGAUUUGGUGAUAGGCCGGGCAGCUACAAAGUGGUUCUUCCUUUUCCAUUACGGAUGGAAUUGGAAUUUAACAAAGCUGGUUUCGAGGACAGGAUUAAAUUAAAGUUCAUAGUUAAAAAAUCUUUCGUAUCAAGGUCGAGAACUAACAACAAUGGCGUCAACUCUCGGAUUCGAACGAAUUCCAGAAGGGGUGGGGUAAGUCUUCUGUAAUUAACAUUUAACUGGCAAGUACAACGAUCCUAUCUAUCAGUGAUAGAAAUUGUUAUCAUAUUCAAAUAUCACACAUGAAUAAUAUUCGGCGUUUUCGCGAGUCACAGAAUAAUUAGAAAAAUUUUUAAAAAAGCGAAGUCAAUUCCCAUGUUCAGCGAGUGACGAUAACACUUUCUUGCCGAAAUCAUUUUGCACUACGUCCCAUUACAACCUCCAAUUCAUUUCUUAGCGAACAAAAGGAAACUUUAUUUUUUGCUUUAUUUUUCAGGGCCGAUUCCUGUACUCCACCAAAACCAGAGCAUAAUGGGUUAACAGAGUUUGGGAAAGUAAGAUUAAUCAAAAAAUCUCUCUAUAUAAAAUAUUAGCUUAAACACUGUUUUCUUUUGACUUGAUGAUGACGUCCGAGAAGGUAUGUUUUUAAAAAAAUUUAUUUUAUGAUUUUAAGUAAUCUCUUAUCGCAGUUUCUUGUAGUCAAAUGUUUCUAAAAAUCGCGUCUUUUUGAUAAUUAUCAUUGUUAUUAUUAUCAUUAUUACUAUUAUUUUCUUCGUCAUCAUUUAAGGUGUAUUAUAGGAUGCCCAGGGGGCAUGAGCAAAUUUCGUUUGUAUUUUCGAGCGCUUUUCGGGACAUUUUUUCUUAAAGUUUUCUUAGAAUAAUUAUAAGAUUGUAAUGGGAAAAAUGAUCCUUGUGCCAUGUUUGGAUGUAUUAAUAAUGAUCGCCUUUUUCCCGAGAAAUGUACAGUGAAAGACCAUAUUUCUAAUACUAAACUAGAAAAAGGCUAUCAUUAUUACAUCCAAACACGGCACAAGGAUCUUUUUUCCCAUUACAAUCUUAAUUCUAAGAAAACGUUAAGAAAAAAUGUUCCGAAAAGCGCUCGAAAAUACAAAGGAAAUGUGCUCAUACCCCCUGGGCAUCCUAUAAUACUCUUUAAAUCGAAUUAAUUCAAUAUGGCCGCCGUAUCGGUAAAAAGGUCUAAUGCCAGUGAGGGGUGACUAUCUAAACAAAGUUUUCACUGGACUGCACUUACAGCAAACAAAAAAAAAAUCAAGAGGUCGUCCAUUUGACAUCAAGAUUUUAAAGGACAACUUUUAUUUUUUUAGACUGUGGUGAAAGAAAUGAACCGUUUGGGGAUGUUUAUUGAUUUGUCUCAUGUUUCUCAUAAGUCAAUGCAUGACGUCUUGGAUGUAACAAAAGCACCAGGCAAGUAUAUCAUUUGUCAUGCAGUCUUUGCACCGCCAGUUAAUACACAAUUAUUGGAUGAACUUUUGUGAUAUCCGGAAUUAUCAAGAUCGAGGUAAGUGGUAGAGGCUGAUAACACUUACCGAGACCUUGGUUAUUCUUGAUAUCACAAAAACUGCAACUAAUAAUUGUUUUAUUGUACACUUAUUACAAGUACUCCUUCGCAAGGAACAUAGUUUGACAUUGCUCAAUGAGUGCACAACCUUCAAAUAAGUCAAUUAUCCGUUAGGAGAUAGCUAACAAAUCUGUAGGUUGUGCUUAUUUCCAAAAUUAAUUGUAGGUUUUUUGCCGGUGAGAAACAGAUGAUCAGUUAUUACAGUGUAUAAUAACACUGAAUGUUGCGUGGUUCCUUCUAAAAGUUGUUUUAGUCUGCGCGCUCAUAAAUAUUAAUCGAUUAUGUAUGCGAGGACUUAGAAAGCGAAAGGCUUUAAAUUAUUUCUUGAUGGCUGAAGUAGUCCAACUCGUUUUUUUGUUAUAUUGAAAAAAAAAAAGAAAACAGCAGUGAAGAAAUUCCAACAAAGCAUCUUCGAUUUAACAUUACUGUUUCUCAAAAUUAAGCCGCCUUUAUUAUGUCAUUAUUUGAACGGCGAUCUUUAAAGAUCAGAAAAACAACACUGGUGUCAUUGAUGCCCCGUCCACUCUUAUCCGGAUAUUUUUUAAUCCGCAACUUUUUCUAUCCGGCGAGUGCCGCAUACGAAUGCGCAACUUUUGGAUCCGCUCUCCAGAGUAGAAAUUUUUGGAUACGUUAUGAAUCCGGAAUCGUGUUGAUGCUGAACCCGGAUAUUUUAUUGCGGACGACAAAAGGAGCGCGCCAGCUAUACUUGGUCGUCGGAACUCUUUUAACUGUAGAGGAAAAUUUUUCCCAAGUCUGUCCACAUUCUUGGAAUUCCCGUGUUGUGCCGACUAAUAUGCAUGAUAUGUGGCCGCGGAGGCCCUGGUGUUGAGUUUAAGGUCCCUCUGAUGUCACGGUAAUCACGUAAAUGCACAGGCAAGUAAUGCAACAAUCAUUAUUACAUUCGAUUCGCAAGCACACGUAAUUCAGGUACACAAGUACUUUACUACUGUACUGUGCGGGUUUCGCCCGCACUUUCCAGCCAAAGCCAACGGCUACUGCUAGUUUUAGCCAAUGACGUCAUAGGAUCGAGCUCAGUUCUUUACCGUGAAAAUUCAAGACGGUGCCAGCGCAAAAAUAUCGCUUCCUUUCUUCUUGGACUUCAGUUUCAAGUCUUAUAAUGUGUGUGUAGUAAAACCUAGCUAUGAUUACUGUACACUUCAGUUAUGCCAAACGGUAUCAGCUCGACAUUUUGAAGCUUCUUUCCAUGUCGGACGGACGAAUUGGACGCCGUUAACAAGUUAAACGAGCGAAAUAGUGCGUGAUGGGCAAUUUUGUCAAAUGCACAGUUUAUAUUGAAGAAGAUUGACGAUAAAAUUUUCGCAUGAGUCGAAGAUUGAUGAACUGAGAGUGAAUCCGGAUACGUGUGGAACGGCAAAUUCGAUUUGACUACGUGUGGACGUGGAAAGAAAAAUUUGCGGAUUGGCGUGUAGUGUAUCUUUUAUUGUCUGUCAUCUUCUGAAACAAUUUCAAUUUCCCGUACAGUUAUUUUCAGCCAUUCGUCUGCCUUUGCUCUUUGUAACAACACAAGAAACGUACCUGAUGAUGUCUUGAAGAGACUGGUAAGCUGAACACUCGUAUAUUUAGUAUAUAAUGAUAUGAAGAUUGAUUUGUUGUUCGACUUUGCCGGGGUUUGGACGCUGGCAAACAUUAUUCAGUCAAACCUGUUAAUACGGACGCUGACGGGACCAAAAGCGAGUGAACUUAGCGAAAAUGAGAGGGUUUACUUUCCUCAGGAACGAGAAAAACUGUCCGUAAUGACGAAGUGCCCGCAUGCAUUAAACGGAUAUCCCUAAAGCGGGGUUCGACGUUUAAAUACCAGUCGUAUUAGAAAGCCACUUUAGCAAAGAAACCUUUUCAUCCCCUCUCCUAAUGCAUUUGUUGGUCAGAUGAAUAAACACAAAAGGUUUUUUAAAGCUGGAACAUUAGGGGAAUGAUUAAGAAAAUGUAACUAGACGUUCACUUCAUUUUUUUUUUAUAAAACGACUUUAAUGCAAGCAACCUUAAUUUUGGUCAUUUAUCCAAUUUGUCGUAAGAGCGUUUUGGGUAUUCAAAUACUGGAAAGGGUAUGUAAACGAAAAUAUUCUAAAAUUCAUGUUUAAAUAAAAAAAUACAGUCGAACCUCCAUUAACCGACACUUCUCGUAAGCGGACACUUCCCAUUAGCGGACACCCAAACCGCGGUCCCGGCGAUUUCUCCUCUCAAAAACUACAUUUUUAACCUCCCGUAAGUGGACACCUCUCGUAAGGAGACAAAGACACGUAUUUGGGGCCCGCAGGGUCUAAAAUAACCUCCCGUAAGCGGGCAAUGAACAAUACAUCAAGAAAAUUGCUAGCGAAAUAGGUUCAGUUUUAAUUCUUUAAUCGCACACUCACCUAGAUAAAAGCAGUGUCUGAGUCUGAACAGUACAGUGCAUACGAAGGUAACGUUCCAAUAAGGUUUUUUUUCUUACAGUACAUCAAAGUUUUCCUUUUUUAACUUUCCUUUGAGCCAGUCGCACGAAAAUUUGUCGCCUUGAAAUUUAAACUCUCAAGGCAAUUCUAAACCAUAUCCUGCUCCUCCUGUGUAUAGUAUAACAGUAAAGCAACAUCCAACAACCCUUUGAUGGAUAAUACAGUUACAAGUGGUCUUAAAGCUUUAAAAUACUUGUUCUGGUGCAUUAUAUGCUUUCACCCUCCCGUAGACGGACACCUCCCAUAAGCAGACAGUUACCCUUCGUCCCGUGGGUGUCCGCUUACGGGAAGUUCGAUUGUAGCCAGUCUUCACGAUGGCAUUUACAUGCGGGCAAUAUUUUGGUCGGUUAGGUAAUCAAGAUUGGUAAUCGCAAGGACAACCAGCCUUAGAUCAUUUUUAUCAUCUAAAUUGCAUUGUAAUUUAAAUUAUUCGUUUUCUUUCACAGAAACCCUAUGCUAGGUUGUUGCGAUACAAAUUUUCUUUUACUACUUCGAAAUAGUGGUAAAUCAUUCGGUUUAUACUGAUUUCUUUCUAGCCAAGCAAUGGUGCCGUUGUUAUGGUGAAUUUUUACAAUGAUUAUCUGACGUGCAGCAAAGAAGCCUCUCUAACUGACGUAGCAGGUAAAAGAUCUUUAUAGCGGAGAUCUCGCACGCGCGGAACGCGCACGGCGGAGCACAAUGGAUAAGAAAAAUGGUAACCUAUAGAAACGAGAAAGUGACCGUCCCUACAUGUAAGCCGAUGUCAAAUGUCACAUUUACUACCAGUACUAUGAUAAGGCAUGGCAGGAGCCCAAGGACAUGGAAAAUGACAAUAGCCUGUCAGUUGCAUUCGCCAUCCAUAUUGAAGAUGACUUGACAGCUGUUUCUCCACUUAAGUUUAAUGCCUACACUGACGUAGAUACCAGAGAAAGAGCGAGAGCGAGAGAUAAGAUAAUGAAGGAGAUAAAUUUCGUUGGCAGAAAAACAUAAAAAUUUUUGUACUGGUGGUGAGAAAAUGAGAAAUGCUAGCGACCACCGAUUUGAAAAUGAGCGGCAGUGAAAAAAAAAGGGCGAACAGGAGCACAUGCGACACUUCCUCCAUAAAACCUGCACUAGGAAGAUUCACGUUGAAGUCGUGCAAAACAACUGCAAAGAAAUGUACAACAAAGUGUGCUGCACGUGCUAAGCUCUUUUUUGCCAAUAGAGCUUAUUCAGCUACUAAGAGUGGUUGAGUAAACUAUAAGUAUAUUGACGAGAGCUUCGCCUGGCUAAAUCUACAUAUUUAUAUAUUAAACAUUAGGAAUCCUUUUUUUCUGAGUGCCGGCCAACUUUGGCUAAGGGUGCUUUGGUUUAGGUUAGAAAUGUUCGAUCUGGUCUUCCCCAAAGACAGGGACCAAACUGCGCAUAAGCACUUCAUUGUCAGUGUGGCAAACGCCUUUUUCUCUGUUGCGUAUAACAGACCAUUAUCCUCAAGUAUAGUUAACUGCGGGGACGUUAAUGACCCCUAGACCAAUGAAGUCUUCGAAAAAUAACUACUACUUGUUUGAGUUCUUGUUUACUUAUUUAUUCGAUGUUCUUUAAUUUUUUCAGACCAUAUUGACCACAUAAAGAACGUUGCUAGCAUUGACAAUGUUGGACUAGGAGGUGACUACGAUGGUGUACCAAGGUGUGGUGCGCCAAUCUUACAGUUAUGAAUUGUUAUUCUCGCGUUGACUGGAAGACUACGAUACGUACUGUACAGACUACUUCUAACGACUAUAGAAAUUUGGCAAAAAAGGCAAAUUUGGAAAACAAUAAAGUGACAGAUAAUGGCAAAAGAAGGAUCGAAACGCACCGAUCUUGUUUUAACAAGAUCGAAGUCUUCACAAACAUUGACACCACAUUUAUAUAACUAACCACAAAAGAUUAUAUAUUAUUGUAAUCAUAUCAAACAAUCACAAUAGUAUUUAGCGUUUUAAAAAUGCCAUGAACUGACGAUAUGCAACUCUCUUAAUGACGACUACCACUUGGGGUUUCGAAUCUUUAGUCCCUGUAACCAAAAGUCCCAUAUGUAAGGAACUAUACCCACCUGGGCGAUCAUAUUCAACCUUCGAAUGUAUCGGGCCUGUGGAUGUCCGACUCAUUAGAGGAUGGAUGUUCAGCCUCCCAAUAAAUUAGCCUCAUGCGAUCGCAUUCAAAUCUCACCCCUGGCUAAGCAUCAACUUAAGCAUCCAUACCUCUUGAUUUUUGAAACACUUCUUCGGCAGAUUUUCCCGUCCAGUGUAAUUGCAACAAAAAUCCUAAGUUUGUAUUUGCAUACCAAAUUUGGCAGGAGGUGGACGCGAGUGUUUCGUGUGACCACAAUAGUACAAUCCCAGGGGGUGUACUUCUGGGAAUUCUUGGUGGAGUUGUGCGGCCCAGUUCUCCAAAUCUUGGCGCGAUUUCAGACCAAAGAAUGUAAUUUUCCACACCCGUUUUCAGACCAGACCUCAAAAAUCCAUACCUGUUUGCAGACCUGACCUUUAGGCAGGAAUUAUGUCAUCAUUACUUAGAUUAGAGCGCAAACAAAAAAUUAUUCAAAUACAUUUCGAAUUCGCAUAUUUCUAUUUCGUUCUUAUUCAUUUGGAAUUGAAACGAUAAAUACGUUCAUACACUCCCGUAGUUCCUUCGAAAACCAUACCCUAUUCCAGACCAAAAUGGGCAAAGUGUAUAGCCUUUUUCAGACCAAAAAGGCCCAAAGACCCUACCAUUUUGGGCGGUACAUACCUAUAAACCUCGUUCCCAGGGUAGGAGAGAGAACCAGGGAACGAGGUUGCAUACCUAUUUGGCUUGUAUAAGGUAGUACCUUCUCCCCCCGGAGUACAAUGUGGACUAGUGUGAAUAUGAAAAGCAACCCAGUCACGUUAUACACGUUCCUGCUGUGUUUUUAGGGUUCCUAAAGGGCUGGAAGAUGUUUCAAAAUAUCCCAAGCUGUUAGAAGAGCUUCUUCGGCGAGGUUACAGUGAGGAAGACGUAAGCAAAGUGGUUGGGAAAAACCUCAUUACUGCAAUGGAGAAAAUGGAAAAGGUAACCAUGUUUGUCUACGCAGUUUACGAAGAGCUUUUAAGUAGACAUUGAAGUCGGAGGAUGAUCCUUCUGUCCUAUCGACGAGGUGUUUCCUUCUAUUGGGGAGCUUUAUCUUUGCGUUGUUUUACCAAUUUGAAUAGUGGGUAGUGUCACCUUUGAAAUUUAAACUUUCUGGCCUUGCUUUCCCAUGAUUCUUUAUGCUGGACUGGGCCGGGUUGUUCAAAGCUUGGUUAAGAUAACCCAGGGUAAGUGCGAAAAUUGAAUUCUGGUAUGGCAGCUUAGAAAGCAAAUGUAGUUCUUUUCCUUUUGUCUACUCUUUGAUGAUUGGCUACUUUAAAAAGAAUAGAGAAAGUUGUCCGAGAAAAUGCUUUUGGUAAAUAAAAAAGAGACCCAGGUCAAAAUUUAACCCCGGGUUAGCGCUAAUCGGCCUUCGAACAACGUUUGCGACUAUACUAAAAGGAUCGUUUGAAAUUGAAAUCCUCCUAGGGAUUUAGUUGCUGAUAACUAUUGAAUUGUCAAUAAUAAAGCAUCCUGUUUGUGCAGCACAUUGUUGAGUUUGUCCUUAUUGUAGGUUGCCUUUGAUCAGAAGGACCAAAAGAUACAACCAUUUGAUGACUACAUAUAUGUCAAUAAAACCUGCCGCCCAGCUUAUUUUGGACUUUGAGUUGCGUGAUUAGAGCAGCCCGGGGGAAUUCUCCCUUCUACGUUGAAAAAGAUCAGACAUGCGUGUGUUUCAAUUAACAUUAUUUCUA